GUGCAACAAUUUUUUUCUUGGGUGUUUGAUGAAAUGAACUUAUUGUUUCACAUUGACUAAUCCUGGUGGAAUAUUACCUGCAACGGUUUCAUAUGCAUAUUACGAAAACAGCUGUAUUUCAUACUUCCGUUUGGCGGUUUCACACUUCUUUUCAAUUAUAAACUUUAAUAACGUUGAUAUGUAUGCAUAUACUUCAACGUCAGUUCUGCGGCUAUUUCUACGUGACUAUUUUACGAAAUAAGUGUGUAUUGUCGAUGACCUUCCGCUUGUUGGUGUUGCGUGUGAUAUUUGUUUUUAUUCAGGCCGUCUUCAAGCCUAAACCAGAGACCAAAUGUAACCCGUUCCGACCUUAGAUCAGACUCAAGAGCGAAGAUGGAACGGAUCUUCAAAAUACGGACGAAGUCAGAUCGGAAUCCCCGCGGUCAGUAUCCUUCAGAACGAAGAUACUCAGCCUCCAUUGUGGUAGGACUCAGCGUCGUGUUUCUACAACUCUUUUUGUACUCCAUUCUAAUGGGGACCUUGAUAGUGCACAAAAUGACAGUCAAUCAGAAUGCGAACACCACCAGAGAUAAUGAUAUCGGUAUUCUGAACGAGACGGAGAUCCAGGAACUGGAAAGACUAGAAGAAAAACUAGAGAGGGAUUUGGAUCAUAAAGUUCAAGUAUCAAUCAACGUACCUGCUUUGGUGUGUUCAGGAUGCUUCAUCAUGGCAACAGGGUACUUCCUCAGCUUCAGCACCGGCCUCCUAGCCUGGAAACGAUGGUACGUGGACCACAACAUCACCUUCUUCUUCCUGGCAGCUACGUUCUCCACCCUCACCUCCGCUCUGAGCCUCCUCCUCUCUCUACUGACCUGCCUCAACAUGGACUUCGACUACGACACAUACAACUACGCCCCCAGCGAGGCUUCCCCGAUCACCUUCAGCCUAGCCUUGAACAUCAUCAUCCUCAGCUCCGUGGGGGUGAUUUGGUCGUUCCUCUCCUCCAAGGUGGGGUACAAAGGAAUGAGGACGAGCUACCCCGACGACAUGGGAGUGGGCAAAGGGGGACAGCAAGUGGAGGUCAGCGUCGAGAGAAAAGGGAAUGGUAACGCCUUCCCACCUGAUAUCAUCAGCCACUUUCCAGUAGAUGACAAGCUGGCUAAGUACCUUCCCAGGAAGGAGAACCGUGAUUUACCGAAGGCGGAGAGUACUCUGGAAUACCAGCAGAGGGUGGAUAAGUUUUUGUCGGGGGAUGGGGACAAUGGGGAGAGUAAAUAGUUGUGACACGUUCUUAUAUGUAGAUUUGAGGCAAUGAUGACACUACCAAAUGUUUGGUACAAAAUAUGUUUAUUGUGACUGUGUUCCAAGUUCUCGCUGAGGGAAUACUGUUCAAUUUUUUUCCAUCGGGAAGUAUAACGGUCGAACAAUAUAGAAGCCAAAUAACAAUACAGUUACUUAUGAUGUCACUGAAAAACUUUUUGUUAACUGCGUAGAAACAUCCUUCAAGAUCUGAAAAAUAUCAACUAGCUUAACUUUCAGAUUGAGAUGAGUUUUAGAAAAUGGAAUCUGAAAGAACGUAUAUAAACAUAUAUAAUUUAUUAUAUUAUCUUACACCAGCUGACUGAUGAAAUACGUAUUAAUAUCGGUAUUAAUAAUGAAGUUACUGGUAGAUUGACGUUGAACAAAUAUGAAAAAGGAGCUGAUAAAAAUGUGGCCAGAAAUGUGAGAAGAAGAACUUUAUUUCCUGAUAAGCAAGCCUAAUAUAAACAUAAUUAAUGUACUUCAUCUGAAUAUAAUACAUACAUGUGUUUAUAUCAUCUGUUACUAAACUUAACUUCCAUGCAAAAAAUAAGAGAGAGUAUGUGAAUUUUCAGGCCCUGCAGUAUUAAAAAGAGUGUUAGAAAAUUUUGAAUAUGAAUGAGUGAAAAUAAAAAUACCAGGACCAAGAAAAAAAAGAAAACAAAGAAAAUAAAACAGCAUAAAGGCACAAGUGGAAAAUAGGCUCAAUUCCAAAAAAAAACUGACCUGAGAUGAAGAUAAGUCAUAGAAAUUAUUAAUAGGUUGAAUAUAAACAAUAAUUGAAAUGUCAAUAUAAUAUAUAUAAAAAUUCCAUUUUAGUCACUCUCAUUUAUUCUUAUUUCAUAUUAUUUUUUUGUUAACAUUUUACUUGUUGUUUAUACCACUCUUCAAAUACCUAUUAUCAAUUUAUUUUAGUUUCAUGUCACAAUAAUUUGUUUUCCUCGCAAAUAAGUUCAUUAUUUACUUACAGCGUUCAUGCACAUUGUUUCCCAUAACUUUGAUAUCAUUUAUUUUGCAACUAACUUCCUCAUAUUCCGGCCCUAGUAUUCAUGUUUUCAAAUUGGUUAACCUUUUUUUGAGCAACCAUAAAGUUUGUUAAACAAAUUUACGAACAUUUGAAUAUGAUUUUUUUUUUUUCUUGAUUGGCGUUUUUCCACAUGAACCACCAAACAACAAUGCAUAUUAUAUGAGAAUAUAUUGGCAUCUCUGUACUUAUCAUACUGUAUAUUAUUAAUAUUAUUUAAUAAGAUUCUAGAGGCUGAUAUUCAUAGUUUGCUUAGGGUAGAGAAUGUAUUUUGUAAGUAGUGGCAAAACAGAAAAAUCUAUAAUAGUAGAUCUGAAGUGCAUUAGUGAUUCUGUUUUAUAUUAAAUAACUAGUGUUUUAUAUAGUUCAUACAUGUGAUAAAAUCUAUACUUCGAAUAUCAAAUAUCUGAUUGUAUAAUUAGAAAUAAGUUACUGUAUAUCUUCCAAUAAACAAUUAUUUUGCAUUUUUAAAUCGAAAACUAUGUUUACUCCCAUCUGUAUUUUGAGGAUACAAAAUUUUAGUACCCAUGUUAACAAAACGUAGGUACUACAUAUAUUAUUAGUUUAUUCAUCAUACAUAACAGUCUAAUUGAAAUAAUGUGAGAGUAACUUUUUUCACUCGAUAAAAUAAUAGGAUAUCCAAUAAAGCUCUGAGAAGAUUAUAAAAAAUUGUAAAAAUAAUCACCACACAUUCAUGAAGUACAGUAAGAUGUAUCUAUUAACCAAUUUCUGUGAUAAAAUGCAUAGUUUCAAAGAUGACUCAAGAUUUUCCUAAUGGUGUGAUAUGUUGCUAAUAUUGACUCACAUUUUUUUUUCUUCGAAAUUUCCAGUACUUGUAUUUAUAGUUUUUUUCCUUGAGAAUAUUAAAAAGUAUAAUCAA